GUGUGUUAUGUUUGUAACACGUGGGUAAUGUUCGUGAAUCAAUUUAUCAAGGUUUUAGCGAAUUGCUGAUAUUUUAAAUAUGAUAUUUGCCUAGCGAGCAGUUGGCCGACGAGAGAUGGGGCUGACGAAGCAGUACUUGCGCUACGUGCCGGCGGGCAGCUUCAACAUCAUCGCCAGCGCCCGGUGCAACGUGGUGUUCGUGACGCUCGAGGGGCAGGAGGGGCGCUACGUCGCCGUGGGCGCCUGCGAGGACGUCAUCGUGUGGGACUUGCGUCUGGGGGAGAAGGCGGUGGUGCUGGCCGGGGAGAAGUGCGCGGCGACGUGUCUGGCCGCGAGCCCCGACUCCCGCCGCCUGGCCGCCGGCUACAGCGACGGAGUGGUCAAGCUGUUUGAGCUCGGGUCGGGCGAGAGCGCCGCCUGCUUCUCGGGCCACAAGGCCGCCGUGACGAGCCUGGCCUACGACCCGGACGGCCACCGCCUCGCCUCUGGCUCCUUGGACGCGGACGUGAUCGUGUGGGACGCGGUGGCGGAGGCUGGGCUGCACCGCCUCAAGGGGCACAAGAACGCGGUGACGCAGGUGUGCUUCCUGGCCGUGCGCAACGUGCUGGUGUCUGCCUCCAAGGACGCCACGGUCCGGAUGUGGGACCUGGACACUGCGCACUGCUUCCACACCCUCGUGGGACACACCUCCGAGGUGUGGGGGCUGGCUCCGGUGAAGGGCGACAAGUACCUGCUGAGCGGGAGCGCGGACCGCCAGCUCCGGGUCUGGGGCCUGCGGUUCAAGGACAAGUCCCCGGGCCUCGAGGAGAAGUUCGACAGGACGGUGACGGUCUCCGGUGAAGCCGAUGAGGAGGAGGACGAUUCUGAAAGCACAACGCCGCUGCAGUGCCCGGAGGUCGGCGCGCUGGCGAGGUCGGGCCGCGGGCGGGUGGUGUCCCUGGCGCGGGACCCCUCGGGCCAGGUGGCCGUGUGCCACGGCACGGACAACACCGUCGAGGUGUACUACUUCUGCCCCGAGGAGCACGCCCGCCUCCUGCGGAAGAAGCGCUUGCACAAGCUGCGCAGGAAAGCUGCCAAGGCCGGCGGAGAGCUGGAGGAGAGCGCAGACAGCGAGCCGAUCCUGAAGGACGAGGUUCGGAGAGUGUGCGUCAUCAGGGCGGGGGGCACGGUCAAGUCCGCGGCCGUGGUGAUGGGCCGUGGCAACGAGAUCAGGGUGGCGGUGGCGCUGGCGGGCAACGCGGUGGAGCUGCACUCGGUGCGCGGGGUGGAGAAGGACUCUGAGACCAGCUGUCUGCGCAGCGUGCGCUCCCAGGGCCACGGCUCGGAGGUGCGCGCCGUGGCGUUCAGCUCCGACGGCCUGGCCGUGGCGACGGCAGGCGCAGAGGCGGUCAAGCUGUGGAACAGACCUUCUCUGGCGUGCCUGCGAACAGUGAGCACGGACUACGUGCUGUCCCUGUGCUUCGUCCCGGGCGACCGCCACAUCCUGGCGGGGUUGAAGGACGGCCGCUUGCUGAUCGUGGACAUUGCGGCGGGGGACAUCUUGGAGGAGAUACCAGCUCACACGAAGGAGCUCUGGUCGGUUUCCGUACUGCCGGAUCAGAGGGGGUGCGUGACGGCCGGGGGGGACGCCACGGUGAAGCUGUGGCAGUUUGAGCUGGUGGGGGACCCCCAGGGCGAGGGGCGGGCUAAGGUGCUGUCGGUGCUGCACCUGCGCACCCUCAAGCUGGACGAGAGCGUGCUGGCGUCCACCGUCACCCCCAACAGUCGCCUGCUGGCCGUCGCGCUCCUCGACUCCACCGUCAAGGUCUUCUUCCUCGACACGCUCAAGUUCUUCCUGUCGCUGUACGGCCACAAGUUGCCGGUGUCGUGCCUGGACAUCUCGAGCGACUCGGCGCUCGUCGCCACGGGCAGCGCGGACCGCACCGUCAAGCUGUGGGGGCUGGACUUCGGGGACUGCCACCGCUCCCUGCUGGCCCACGACGACUCCGUCACGGCCCUGCGCUUCGUGCCCGGCACCCACCAGUUCUUCACCUGCGGCAAGGACGGCCGCCUCAAGCACUGGGACGCCGACUCCCACCAGAAGAUUCUCACCUUGGAGGGGCACCGCGGGGCGGCGUGGAGCCUGGCGGUGAGCCCCAGCGGCCAGCACGUGGUGUCGACGGGGGCGGACCGUGUGGCGCGCGUGUACGAGCGCAGCCAGGAGCCGCUGGUGCUGGAGGACGAGCAGGAGGAGGAGCGGGCGCGGGAGGAGGAGACCGCCCUGGCCACGGGCGAGGGGCCCGACCGCAACCUGCCGUCCCGCAAGACCGUGGGCAGCGAGCAGGCGGCGGAGCAGCUGAUGGAGUGUCUGGACGUCUGCCGAGAGUACGGAGCACAGCUCGACGAGCACAGGACGCUGUGUCGGGCGGCGAAGGGGAGGGACCCGCCCCCUGCGCCACCCCCGCCGGCGCUCAUGGCGGCCUACAAGGUCUCCACCCCGGACGACUUCUUGCUGGAGGUGCUGUCCAGAAUACGAACCAGCGACACGGAGGAGGCCCUGCUGCUGCUGCCCUUCCCGGCGGUGUGCCAGCUGCUGGGCGCGCUGCCCGCUCUGUUCGAGCGCGGCCGCCACACGGAGCAGCUGGGGCGCGUGCUGGGCUCCCUGCUGCGCACGCACCACGGCCCCAUCGUUGCCACCCCCUCCCUGCUGCCCGUCGUGGAGCGCCUGCGCGCCGCCGCCGUCCCGUCCGUGCAGCGCCUCAGGGACAUGGUGGGGCUCAACUUGCACGCGCUGGGCUUCGUGCAGAGACAGAUAGAGGCGCGCGAGGGCGUGCAGCUGUUCAGGGACGCAACCCUGUCGCGCAGGGAGCGGGAGAAGCGGAGCCGCAAGAAGGAGAGGACCCGGAAGAGGGCACUCUUGGUGCUGUAACAGUUUCGUGGUCGUAUACGCUGCGUACACAUUAAAGUUGAAGACAGUGCGUGACAAAAUGCAACACUGCAACUACAAUACCUUUUUGUACGUUAAAUCUCAUGUGGACAUUGUAUUUAAAAUGAUGCAGCGAAGAAUGUAAUUAGGUUUUAAGAUUAUUAAUGUAUGUACCUGAUCUUAACAUUUCUCUAAAAGCAGCAGACUAUACCCUCUAAUAUAAAAUACACGUUAAUUUAAGUAAAACCUUGUUUUUGAAAAGAAGGAUGUAAACUAUGGUAAAUGGGUUCUCCUGAGUAUUUCACUUACCCCUUAGCACUGUCCAGCAGGUGUUGUCAUGAGGUCUGUACUUGUCGACACGCUUCAACCUGAAGUAAGAAGACAUGCGAAGUGCUGAGUGUUCUGAAUUAACAGGCCCCCGCUUAUGCAGUGGUCACCGUGUAAUUAUCAGCAUUUUACUUUCUUCAAUGUUGUUGACUUUAUGGUCCCUUUUCCUUGAACACCCCGAAUAACCAUCUUGCUAGGUCAUUUACCAUGUUUUAUCACACAAUCGUCGCACCAUUAUUUUAGGGCGUCAAAAUUUGGAGAAAUUUUUUUUUUGCAUAAACAUCGCAUGUCUUUGUCCCGCUGUUAGAUACCAAGAGUUUUGUGUAGGUAGUUUUCCCGUAUAUAACAAUGUAUUUUAAAGUUGAAAUCAAGUAUUCAUUUGGAUACUUAUUUAAUUAUCAGAAAUACAAAGUUGUCUGAUGUGUAAAUUUUUUUUAAAAACGUUUUCAAACAUUAUAACCUUUUAUCUGUUUGUCUUCGUCGCUGCUAUGUACCACUUAUAAAAAUGUAAACAGCGCUAGUUGGCAUAAUUCAUGUUUGGUUAUGUUGAUAUCUGGAUAGAGUACACACAUUGAAUAUAUAUAACUUAUAGAAGUCGCGAGGGGAUAGGAUUUAUUAUUCCAAUUUUCGGAUCCAAAACUGAGGUAGUUGUUAGCUCCACCGCUAGACAGCUCUUCUUUCCACAAGAGGGUACUCGUAGUUACCAGCUUCCACGCCAGAGCGCUGUAGCGUCGCUUUUUUCAAGGUCGUGCGCGUAAUUCUCUGUUUCACUCUAUCGAGAGGCGGUGCCUUUUGUUGAAAUCCGAGCGCUUAGAUACCGGCGGGCGCAACUGAAUUGGAGGAGUACGGCCACCGAAAAAAAAAAAAAAAAGAAGUGCGGUUAAAAGAUGCCAACAUCAAAAAUUAAGUUUUAAUAAUAAGAAAACUACAGAAAUUUCUUAAAGCGUAUCAGAUUGGAAUGUACAGUAUAGUGUACAUUCCCACUGACAUUCGUAGUUCAGAAUUUAUAAAAUGUUGUGUUAACGGAGUGGCGCAUUGAGUAAAAUGGCUAAACAUAAUUUGGAAUAAUUCUUGACAACGUUGAAUGAUUUUGGUAGCUAUGAAACAACUAUGGCUGCGAUGACUGUUCAAACGCGUGCACGUGUUGUUAUUAGUAACAGAAACUAAUGGUAUGAUGUCAUACUUUGUGGCUAUGCAGUUUAUAAUUUUUUUAACAUAAGAUGAAGCAUUUUUACAUAAUGUUUUGGUUGUUUCGUUAUUCAAAAUAAAUAAUCUUAAACGUUAUAUGGUGAAUAUUCCCAGUAGCGAAUGACCACAAAAAAAAUCAAUUUUGCCAACAUAGAUCUGAAAAGUUAACGAUUUACUAUGUUAGGUUGCUUAUAAAUAACGCACAUUUCCCGGAUCUCCAAAGAAAAUAAGAGUGUUUGUUAUAGCAUUGAGUUCCCACUCUUUAUAUUCCUUGCUUUGAGGUUAGAUACACAAGUUAAGCCCGGGCUACAUUCGCAAUAGCAAGCAAACAGCACAGACGCACAGAAGUUCAACAUACACUAUUAGAUAUGAGCUGCCACAUUGGCAAAUAGCACGCGCACAGAAAAAUAGCACAGGAUCGGCGCACAGAAAGUUCAUUAACUUUUAACUUUUAGGUUAUUUUCUGUGCGCGACCAUGGUGGUAGCCAAUCAGCAAACAGUUUAAGUACUACUCGAGUGGGCUUAUAAAAGAAAAAUUGUCACGAAAGUAUUGGUGCUCUUGACUUGAGUAGUUUGUUAUUGUUUUCAAACACGCGAUAACAUAAAAAUGGAAGGCACAUUUGAUAGCUUUUUGAUAGCUGUAAUAGAAAGUAAAAAUAUUUUGUAUGACAGGGGAUCCGCAGGAUACAAAAAUGAAGAAGCUAAAUUAAAUGCUUGGAAGUCUGGGUCUGAAUGUGUUAAAGAAGCCGGAUUUGAAAUAAACAGUGAUAUAUAUUUUUGAAUGCUCAUUGUGUUUUGUACAUUAACUUUGAAAUAUUUAAAAUAUUUCUGGGUUUAACGAAAACCGUACCACAAUAACAACACACGAAUCUAAACAAACGUCACGUAUGCCAACUUCAGUGACCAAAAUUGUGAACGGGAGUUUUACAUUUAAAAAACUUUUUUGAAUGCUUCCGGUAUUAUUUUGUGUUGUGUUGUGCGUGAAUGUAGCAUCAAGCUCUGUGCUAUCUCUGUGCGUGUGUGCUAUCUGUGUGCUGUUUGCGUGCUAUUGCGAAUGCUCGUAAAAACGAUGCGCAAGUAUUUUGAAUACAAAUAUAUUUUAUUUUAAUAACCGAAAGGUAAAUAUUAUUUCCAUGAAAUAUAAUACAAUUCUUUAAACACAGACAACAUAUAAGAGCUAUUUUUUGUUUAUUAUUCCAUCUGGCGUGAUAAAUAUUAUAUUUUAAAAACUGUUUGUGGAUUUUUAAUAUAAAAUAAAUAUUUAUUUAUGACAUCAAUUUAAGUUGUUCAAAAAAUUCACUUUGGUAUGAAUUAAACCAAAUUCAUGUUAUCCAGGGCACAAAAUUAGAAACUACCAAAAAAGAUUAUUUACAUUGCUGUUUUGUGUAAAUCUGUGCACGGACUUAGUAAGUGACAUAGGUAUUUAUAAUUCCUCAUUUUAGCAACCCAUUUUAACACAAGAGAAAAAUGAUUUUAUAUUAAAAAAUUAUUAUUUUAAACCAUUAAUUAGCAGGAAACAUGUAUGAAUAAUCUAUUUAAAUUUGCAUUUGAACAGUGAAUAUUAUUUUGCAAUAAUAAAUAUUUUUAUCGUCGUACAUUACUGAUGAAAAGUUAGUAUUUCCAUCUAAUCAGAAGUAUUAUGACACAGUUAAUUAAAUUGCUUUACAAGUUUUUAUUCACAUGAAAAUCAUUAAAAAUUGGUUGGGAAGUUAUAUAAAUAUACAAAAACAAAUCAUUAUACACACAAUUUUAUUAUCUUAGUGGAUUUAAAUUAAUGGUGUCCCAGUGACUACUGCGAAGAAAAAAGUCUUGCGAAAGGUUUCCUCGUAAUUGAAAUUCGUCAAAAAAAAACUAUCUCUCAUUUUUGGUGACAUUUCUGACAAGUGGUACAAUGAAAUUUGAGACUGGCAAAUGAAUGUUGUGAAGCAAUAAACAAAAUAUCACAUUCGUGAACUACAAAUGCAUAAUUGUUUUUAUUUUAUAAUAAAAGUGUAUCUAAUAACCCGUGGCUUUGCUCACGUAAUUUCCGGGUAUUGCUGAUAUUCUACCAUUUUAAGAAAAUAUGUAUUAAAUUUCAAAGAUUUUUGAAAAAUUAUACAUAAAGAACUGUCAAGUAUAGAACAUAUUUAAUAAAUAAAAAUAUUUUUACGACUUAUUUUUAAUUGGUUUAGCGUAAGUCUAUUUUAACUUUUAUUUAAAAUUAAGUACCUACCUUAUUUUCUAUCUCCCGGUUUAGUGACUUUGAGAAUAUAUUUUUCCUUGAUGAAAUCUUAACUCUUUUCCAUCUGACGAAGAAGCCAAUUAAAAAAUAAACUAAGACUCGCGCACUUAUUGUAUGUUAAGACUGCCAUCGUUUUAAAU